UUUAGAUAUAUAACUAUAGGUUUGUCCGUUCACUUUCGCGGGGAUCGUUUUUCUCGUGCUUGAUGCUCGAUGUCCAAGCUUAGUAAUUUAAACCGGACAAUAUUUGUUUAGAUUUAGGAAAACUUUAGUACUGUUUUUCGAUAAAGGACAAUGAGAAAAAAUAAAAUUUUAAAAAGAAUUAUCAUUUAGUUUUGUCUAUUUAUACAGUUUUUCGUAAAUGGACAGAAAAAGUACUUUUAAAAUUUGUCAACACGUGUUUAUUGCAACAAACCAGGGAUAUAUAUAUAUAUUAUAGAAAUGAAUCGACAAGUAGAUACUUCUAACCACUAGUAUAUUUCUAUCGUCAACGAAAAUCGACAUUGAAUGGACAAAUAAUCAGUUUCAUAUAUUUCUCGAUGUGAAAAAGAACAACUCAAUUUCAAACCGUGCUCAAUAUUUGAUGAAAGAAAAUCGAGAAAAAAUAUUGCAAACGUCGAAUAGUGACCACACUUAUAAUUUAAAUGGAAUGCGGGAUGCGAAUGGUCGUCAUUGCACGAAAGGAUCUUCUAAGGUUUAUGUUUUUAUUGUUAUUGAUUCUCAUAACGAUUCAGAUGGCAUUUAAUUUGUCCGUUCAACAAGCAUCGUUCACAAUUAUGUCAAAAUGGGUACAAAUAUCGGACCAAUUGUACUCGAGUUCGUCUCGCCUAGCAGAGUUACAACCAUUACUAAUAAGGAUACCAAAGGGUUCUCCAAGUGCUCCAUCAUCUCAUAUAGAACAGUCAACACAGUCAGUGAUACAAUCAGAUAACAACGUGACUUAUGUGUGCAGUAAAAAUGUAACAAAUGUGAUGAGUAAAGAUUGUUUGCCGUUGUGUCCAGUAAUUCCAGAUAAACUAGUUGGCGCUUUAGCAACUUACUACGACUCCCCAAAAUAUUCUGACCUAGAUAGACUGUAUCCCUGGGUUCAAGAUGGAGGAAGGGGAAAACCAUCCGACUGUUACCCGCGCCAUCGUGUUGCCAUCAUCAUUCCAUACAGGAACAGGGAUAGUCAACUGCGGACAUUGUUAUAUAAUAUCCAUCCAAUACUUUAUAGACAAGAGUUGGAUUAUGGAAUUUAUGUCGUAGAACAGAAUGGAAGUUCUAAAUUUAACCGUGCCAUGCUGAUGAAUAUUGGAUAUGCAGAAGCAAUGAAGAUACACGAUUAUCAAUGUUUUAUCUUCCAUGAUGUGGACUUGAUUCCAGAAAACGACAAAAAUAUUUACAACUGUCCAAAACAACCAAGACAUAUGUCGGUUGCAGUAGAUAAAUUCAAGUACCGAUUACCCUACAAUUCAAUAUUUGGAGGCGUAUCAGCUUUAACGAAGGAACAGUUUCAAAAAGUCAACGGGUUUCCGAACAGAUAUUUUGGCUGGGGAGGUGAGGACGAUGAUAUGUGGAAUAGAAUUCACAACGCUGGAUAUAAAGUGAUCCGAUAUUCUAGGGAAAUAGCUCGUUAUAAGAUGAUUAAACACGGAACUGAAACAGGAAAUAAAGCUAAUCCUGUCAGGUUUAAAAUGCUGAAAGAAAGAAAAAAAUAUUUUAAAACAGAUGGUAUUAAUAGCCUGAAGUAUAAAGUAUUAAAGAUAGACUUUAAUCAUCUCUAUACACGAUUCGUGGUUGACAUAGAUGAAAAAGAAGUUAUGGCAGGAAUAAAAAAGUCAUGACAGUCAGUGAAGAAUAUUAUUGGAUACCAUUCAGGUGAAAAGAAAUUACAUGGAGACAAUUCAUUGGAUAAUUCACUAACGAUGAAUUCUGGGUAUUCUGGAGCAUUGAAACAGGAAGGGUACAGCAUGAAUUUGGAUAACAGAAGAUGGAUUAUUUUUUAAUCGAUUCAUUACAGCAAAAUUUACUGACAUCUUUCCUAAAGAAAAGUAAACAUCCCAUUAAUAUGAAGUUAUGUUUGAGAUGGAGUUAUUAAAUGAUUGUUUCUUUGUGUUGGUUUUUUUUCAGUUUAUUUGAGUAAAUGUGUUUUGGCAUUGGUUAUUUAUAAAUCGAGUAAAAUGUAUUUUUGCAUUGUUUAUUUAUUUGAGUAAAAUGUAUUUUUGCUUUG